AUGGAUUUAGCUGAGUUUGACUUCGAAGUCAUCCGGGACACAAGUCCAUGCCUUUCUCUGCCGUUUACACCCCGAGAGGAACUACCAAGAGAGGAUUGGAUCAAUGUGAUCGUCAAAAACUCUAGACUGACUGGCUGGCUAUCUAGUAACGGUAUUCGAUUUUCAGUUACGGAUUUAUCUUCACCCUUCUCCCGGAUUCUUCCGACAAUCCAUGUUUAUCGUGUCGAUAUUUCACUCUACGACGCCCAAUUCGAUCCAGAGACUGGUCACAAGAUACCCAUUCCCUCUGACGUCAUUGGUGAGGUUACUGCUGCAUUGAACCGUUUCAAGAUUGUAUGUGCCGACCUUAAGGUUCCUGAGAGUCAGAUUCAUGUAGUCGCCACUGAAGCAACACGCGCUGCUCUCAACUCUGCUGAAUUCCUCAAUAGAAUCCAUGCGGACACCGGGCUUUCUGUUGACUUGCUCCCGAAAGAAGAAGAAGGGCGCAUUGGCUCUUUGGGUGUUGCAAGUGGCUUCUCUGAUAUUGGGGGCCUCAUGAUGGACCUAGGAGGGGGCAGCACACAGAUCACCUGGAUCAUAUCACAGGGUGGUAACGUGAGGAUUAGCGAUCGAGGGUCGAUUAGCUUUCCUUACGGGGCGGCAGCCCUCACGAAAACUUUGGAGGACCUGAAAAGGGGGAAGUCCAAGCACGAAGCAGACAAGGCGCGAGAUAGGCUGUAUCAGGAGAUGAAGACAAAUUUUGAAAAUGCAUAUCAGAGGCUGCAGGUGCCUGAAAGCUUAGUGGCCGAGGCAAAGGAGAAUGGUGGGUUUCCUCUGUAUCUUUCAGGGGGCGGCUUCAGAGGAUGGGGCUACUUACUUCUGUAUGUGAGUCAAAGUGGCCAGACACCCUACCCCAUUUCAAUCAUCAAUGGUUACACAGUGGGCAGGGAGAGGUUCGAGAAUACCAAAGCAAUGGAAGAGGUUGCUCGGACUGCACAUUCCAUCUUCAGGGUCUCCGAUCGGAGACGAAAGCAAGUUCCUGCCGUCGCGUUUCUUAUCAACGUUUUGUCUAAUGCAAUUCCACAUGGAAUUCGACUUGCGCACUUCUGUCAAGGCGGAGUACGAGAAGGCCUUUUGUUCAAAGAGCUUCCGCCCAGUAUCAGAGCUCAGGAUCCAUUGGAGGUUACUACACAACGAUUCGCUCCAGAAUCAGCCGAGAUGCUAUGUAACCUUUUGAUGUUUUCUUUUCCUGCGCCCUCCAGAGGAGGCAGUCGCAGAUUCCCAGACUCCAUCAGCAAGCAUGUUAUACGUGCGUUUGCAAACACCAUGUAUGUUCACACCAUCAUGGAUAAAGAGCUAGCUUCUACGACGGCUAUGUAUAGCACAAGCACCGGUCUCCUCGCUUUUACUCGCGGGGUAUCUCAUCAAGAUCGGGCAAGGCUUGCCCUUAUGUUGGAAUCACGUUACAUGGGAGAGCUGCCCCCACGCGAGUCAAAGUUCAAGGAAGCGCUUCAAUCUAUCAUUUCACCUGAAGAGGUGUGGUGGACUGCAUAUCUUGGGAGAGUGGGAUAUCUGCUCGGCCGCCUCUAUCCUUCAGGCAAUGUUGAUGAAAGCAAACCUCGCGUCGUUCUCUCGUCUCAAUGGGCUUGGGACUUGGGACACAAGAAGAAGGGGCAGGGGUUGCAGCUGACAAUUUCGGUGCAAAGAAUGAAGGAGGAUCCCGCGAAAUUGAAGAAGGCAUUGAGGGACCAUGUAAAUAUAAUUGAGAAGAUUGGUAAGAAGAAGAAUUGGGCCGGGGGUCCGGAUGGAUGGGGAAUGAAAGUAAAGGUAAAGGUUGUAGAAGAAGAUAUAAUGUAG